GUCCUUUUCUCAUGUUCAGUCGAACGUCAAUCACGAGUGGCGCAUAAGCCUGCUCUUGGAGAUAGAGAGCGCCCCAAACAACGCACGCAAACCAGCAGAAGGCACCGCAUCCCCGCUCCACAGGCAGCUGACCACGUGUGUCCUAUCCUCGCGGUCUCCAGGCAGAAAGCAUAGCCGGCAGUGCGUGUUCCGCGGUGCGACCGCCUAGCAGUGAUUCUCGCUUCCCGGAGUGCCCAUUGGGACAUUCAGCAGCCAUGUGGUGGAGCACACCUGAGUUGCUGCUGCCGCUGCUGCUUCUGCUCCUAGUGUCCGAGUCCGAGCAGGUCAAAAAGGUCGGCCGCGCGCGGAAAGGUCGCGGCAGCAAUUGGUGGGGUAUAGCGAAAGCAGGCGAACCUAACAACCUUGUCCCGAACGUUCCUGGCAGCGCAAAAUAUGACGCAACAAUUCUUGAGCGCGUUGCGCUGCGCAAGAAGCAGGCGCGAUUAAUAGAAGAAAAUAAAGGCGUGGAUGCGGUCAUCGUAAAAGGUGCUAACAUGGCAAUCAACGAAUGUCAAUACCAGUUCAACAAUCGGAAAUGGAACUGCAGCACCAAAACUUUCCUGCAUGGGAAAAACCUUUUUGGCAAAAUCGUGGACAGAGCAUGUCGUGAAACUGCGUUCAUUUAUGCGAUUACGAGUGCGGGAGUGGCGCACGCCAUCAGCAGAGCAUGCAGCGAGGGCACCAUCGAGUCGUGUACUUGCGACUACAGCCACCCAAGGGCAGCCCACGGAUCGUUCGCCAGCAAUAAUGCAGCAAGCAACGUCGUUUCGCCACAGGGUAAAGAUUGGGUGUGGGGUGGAUGCUCCGACAACAUUGCAUUCGGUUUCAAAUUCUCUCGAGAAUUUGUCGACACGGGCGAACGAGGGUCGACGCAGCGCGAAAAGAUGAACCUUCACAACAACGAGGCUGGCAGAGCGACGGUGUCGGCCGAGAUGCGCAGGGAGUGCAAAUGCCACGGCAUGAGCGGGUCUUGCUCGAUUAAGACCUGCUGGAUGCGACUGCCGACGUUCCGAGCGGUCGGCGACCGGCUGAAGGACCGAUUCGAUGGUGCCUCCAAGGUGAUGGUGAGCAACAACGGCCACAAUCGGAAAAACCAGGGCCCCCUGAACAGCAACAACCAGGAUUUGAACAACCCGCAAUCGCGGAGACGCAAAAGCCGGAAUCACGAGCGCAACAAUAAGUACAGCAGCAACUCGCUGUCGACGGCGGCCACGGGUGGUGAGAUCGUCACGAAGAGCGGCAAGUACAACUUCGAGCUGAAGCCAGUGAAUCCACACCAUAAGACGCCUGGUACCACGGAUCUGGUAUACUUCGAGUCGUCGCCAAGCUUCUGCGACCGCAACCCCAAACUGGGCAUCGCGGGCACCAAGGGCCGGCGGUGCAACGACACGUCCAUGUCUGUGGACGGAUGCGACCUGAUGUGCUGCGGUAGGGGGUACGACACGCAGGAGAUCGUCGUUACCGAGCGCUGCGACUGCAUAUUCAAGUGGUGCUGCGAGGUCGAGUGUAAAACAUGCCAGAGGACAAAGGUCAUCCACACGUGUAAAUAGUUUGUGUGACCAGAUACUAAAGUCAAGAACUUAUAUAUGAACUGAAAAAAUGAAUGCGUGCGAGUGAAAGAGCUAAUUUAUUGAACGCUAGGGUUCUGAGCAAAAAAUUAUUUAUUAAUGGAAUUUUAUUCAAUUUGGCUUGGCUUCCAGAUAAACUUGUCCUUUAUGCAGGCGGUAAGGAAGUGUUAAAUAUCUAUAUUAUUUCGGAUAGCCUGCCUAAUAUAUUUUUUAGCAAAAGUGAGUUUAUAUACGCCAACGCUGUUACAAGCAACGAACCCAAUUUCAUUAUUUAUGAAUGGAUCUUAUUUACUGAGAAUGAGUCUUAGUAGCUUUAAUACGCUGUUUAAAUUGUAACAUUUGAACUUAUUGCCUGUAGCCUUCAAUACUAUCUUUCUUCAGCGCUUUUGAUGACUGUCGUGUACCGUAUGUUGUGCUGCCUGAAUUACAGUUUCCGCGAACAAUUCUGUAGUAAUUUUCACACAGUCUGGAAAAAACAAAGCUUCAGUGUUAACUUCUGGUUCUGCUGAAUGCAGUGUCCCCUUAAUUUUCGAUGUGUAUUGUGUCUCUGAAACUGCAUUUCAUGCUUCCUGGCUGCUUAUAUCGAUAAAUAAUUUAACUAUUAUUAGCUGAGGCUGAUUCCUGCGACUUUCCUGAUAUACAGUGUGCGUUGCUCCAUAAGAAAAGCAUUGAGCGGUUUUGCAUGAACUUGGUAGCGACAAUCAGCCCCCAGGUUGUAAUUGUAUAAGAAUAUCGAGAAAAUAACCGAUUCUUAUAUGACUGAAGACUGACACGUUUUGCUUCCUGUGAAAAGUAUGUAUUUUUGUGUACUUUGUAAGGUAUUGUAAGUGUAAUUUUAAUUUAGCCAACGAUGAAAAAAAAUCAUGUAGAGGAAAAAAGAAAAACAGCAUUAGCUACCUGAAAAUAUAAAUUUUAACUGUACACAAAUCCCCAUGUAGCUUUUGUUGGAAAUAAAAAAGAACACAUCUUCAAAGAA